AUGCACACUUACCAGAUAACUAGCCUUGCCGAGGUCGUUCUUGAGAUCCUUGGACUAGGCUUAGGUCUUAGCGGGGACUACUUUAACCCGCUUGUUGCAGAUGUACACGCCGUCUUUAACUUACUCCACUACCCACCUUCCUCUGGUGCAAACGAAAACGAGCGAGGUAUUGGUGCCCAUCGAGACUUUGGCUGUGUCACUUUGCUCCUGAAAGAUGAAGUUGGAGGACUCCAGGUACAGAACAUGGCCAUAGGUGAAUGGAUUGACGUAUUAAAGCCCUCCGACAAUUGUAUCAUCCAAUAUCCAAUAUCUAACACUCGAAAGGUCGAGCCUGCACCUGGGGCUUACCUUGUAAACCUCUGGAAUUUGAUGAUACGGUGGUCGAACAACCGGUACACAUCUAACAUCCACCGGGUUAUCAAUGCUCCUGGGCGAGACCAUUUCUCUAUCCCAUUUUUCCUUGUUGGCAAUAUGAAUUAUGUAUUUGGCUGUCUCCCUUGGUGUAGAGACAAAGAUGAUGCUGGCGAUGGAUUUAAAGGCGCACCCAUAAGUGUUAGGGACUUCAUUGCUGAACAACAUCGGAUAAGUUAUGAAGCGAGUACCAAGGAUUUUAUUGAGAAUCAGCAUCGCAUUGGUUUAGGAAAGACUAAAAACUAG